CUUUGCUGUGAAGGAAAUCUUUGCAACCGCGAGGGACCGGUAGCUAGGCAUAUUGCGGCUGAUCCGAUGUCUCCCUCAGGUGCAGACUUGUCGUGCUACGCAUGCUCCACAGCCAAUGAGCCAGGCAUACCACCAGCAAUCAACUGCAGCCAUCCAAUCAAACAACAGUGUGGAGAAGAUCCGCUGACCACGGAUAAACAAGAUCGCUGUGUCACCAUCACAAUGUCUUCACGUGACGGGCUCGGGAAUUCUCUUUACCAAGAAAUGCGCCAUUGUGCGUCUGAACAAUACUGCAGUCACGGAUUCUGCGUCCAUGCCAACGUCUCAGGAUCGCUGACGUCAUGCAAUGCUAAAUGUUGCUAUGGAAACAUGUGCAAUAACGACGGUAUGACCACAGCUUCGACUCCGACAUUAAAAUCGACGAAGCAAAGAGAGGUUUUUGCACGACAAGGAGCUGACACAGAUUUUUCGACAGUGGGAGCGAUAACGAAACAUAAAUCUAGUAAAAGUGCGCGCUGGGAAAUGGCAAAAACCGUUCUGUUGCCCUUUGCUUUUCUUUCGAUAGUUUUUUUUACUUAAAAAUUGCGAAGUGAGAAAUGAAAAUGGCUUUCAUAGUGUUUUAACACUUAAAAGUCAUAAAAUGCAACAGAAAUGUAUGAACUAUGGAAAUAUAUAAGCUAUAUCAAACUUAUCUUAUAAUACAAUUUGACAUAUUUAAAUCAAAAUAUAAGCUGAGAAGAAAGUUAGAUGUCAGAAGGAAGAGCGCAUGGAGUAGUAUAGGGGUGAGUAUACCGGUGUCACUUUUAAAAUUUUAUAGGGGGAGGGGUGGUAUUGAUGAAAAUGAACAGACGUGAAGCGGGAGGGGUAGGAAGCCACGUAGCGCAGCUCCGAGAGAGUCGGGAAAGAGCAAGAAACAAGAACGUUUAUUGGCAAUACAAAAUAUACGAACUCUUUCGAGAGCCCGAAAAAAAACAUCCGUUCGUGAGAAAGAGAAGAGUAGAAUGGAUCGAAUCGUAAAGGUGUGGGUCUAUAUAUGAGUUUGUUUAUUUUACCUUUCAAAUUUGAGAAAUCUACGGGUGAGUAAAUUUUGAAAUGUACCUUAGGUAGGUUUUAAAAAAGAGAGUCGGACAAAACAAAGCAGCCAGAUAUUAAUCGCAAAGGCGCGGGUUAUUUAUUUUGUAUGAGUUGUUUAUUUGACUUUUAAAUUUUAGAAAUCUACCGGCGAGUAUAUUUUGAAAUUUACCUGGAGUAAGUUUUAAAAGAGAGUCGGAAAACGCACAAGAGCCAGAAUUUAUAACAAAAAAAGUUUAUUGAUAAUAAAGUGAAAAAAUACAAACUGUUUCAAAAGUAAAAAUAACUUGUUUUAA